CGAGGUUGUUUUAGUGUUUCGCUGCGGGUCGUUCUUCCAGGCCUAAUUCGCCGCCAAACUCGAAUAGUCCUGCAAAUUCCGAAGUCUGUUGCACAAUAUAGUAGGCACUAGAGGGUUUUUCGAAUCAUUUGAAAAUUGGCUAUAUUCAGUUACUAGCCCGUGCAUCUACAAAGUAAUUUUACUGCAUUGGAAAUGGUUGACCUAAGUGAAAAGGAUCUUAAUGAUGUUCACGAAAUGUUCCUACUGUUUGACACAAAAGGAGAUGAAAAAAUCGAGGCGAAAGAUAUUGGCGAAGUUGUGCGUGCAAUGGGUCUAAAUCCAACAGAAUCGGACAUUGGAAAAUAUGGCUAUCAAAAUAAUCCAAACGAACGUAUCAGUUUCGAAUCAUUCGUUCCAAUUUAUCAUGGUUUAUUAAAAGAACAAGUGGAAGUGGAUCAAGAAACGUUUAUUGAGUCGUUUCGUGUAUUUGAUAAAGAAGAUAAUGGAUUAAUUAGUGCAGCUGAAUUAAGACAUCUACUAACAGCACUAGGUGAAAAACUACGAGAUGAUGAAGUGGAUGUAUUAUUAUCUGGUUUAGAAAAUAGUCAAGGUCUUGUACCAUAUGAAGCUUUUGUACAACGUGUUAUGAGUUAAGAACAACCUUCAUUCUGAACCCGUAAAUCAUUAAAGUACCCUAUUAAACAGGUUGAUUUUUGAUAAGUUGCGAAAUAAAUUAUCAUCUUUUUUCAUUAUUUUACAACGUCAAGCAAGUUCUAUAAACGAGCUUAUUUAUUUGUUAUAUAUAUAUAUAUAUAUAUACUUUGUUUUGUAACACGACCAGGACUUUGUAUUUGAAGUGAAAGAGAAAAAUAUUUGUUUGAACCGCACAACUUUUUGAUGUAUGUUUCACCUUCCCACUCUCCAGUACAGUAAAACAAUGUGAAGUUUUCAAUUUAAUAUGUGCACUUUCCAAA